UUGUAUGUUCAGGUAGACCCGUCUGGUGAAGUGAUCGAGUUCAACAGUGGCGGUUGUCCUUGGCGAGAGCAUUUGUUCGAGUUGGAGAAAGAACUGCAGGUCAAACCAAUUAACUACGUGCUGUUUCCCAGCUACGACCGCAAAUCGUGGAUGAUCGUGUGUGUUCCUGCACGACCGACUGGUUUCGCUUUGCGACUUGGUCUUCCGGUCGCAUGGCGUGGUCUGCGCGAUCGAGAGCUGUCGACGAUGACCGGCAUCGACAGUUGCGUGUUCUGUCAUGCGAACGGCUUCUGCGGCUCCAAUGCCCGUAAAGAGGGUGCCCUGGACAUGGUCCGAGUUGCACUUCGACAGCCGCGCGAAGCUGACUCCCAGACGACGUCCACAGGGGACGCGUAG